UAAUUAGUUCUGAGUUAAGCAGCGUAAAGUAGCAAUACAAGCAUCAUGCAGUCCACAACCUUCCUGAUGGCCAUCCUGGUGGUGGCUUUGCUCAUGCUAUUGAGUGCCCCAGCCACUGAGGCCACCUUCCUGCUCAUCGCCUGCAUGAUGAGGUCGUCACUGUGCCCAUGGAACACAGUUGCCAGCACUGCCACAACAUAGAACAACAUUGACAACUCGCAUGAAAACUCGAUAACAGACAUCCUUGGCAUACAAUCAAUUGGAAAUCGCAUAUAUGUAUAAUAAAUGAAAGGCUGCUUUUUUUUUGCAUUGAA